CUCGUUUCUCAUAGUACUGUAGAAGCGAAGCGGAGCGGAAGAAGAUUAACAAAAAAAAAAACCUAAACUCACUCUUUUUGCUCUGAGAUUUUUUUUUUUGCGAAUUUGGGCCGGCGUCGAUGGAGCUACGCUCCCACAAGAAUGCGAUUCUUCCGGUUACUAGUAGCGGAGAUGGUGAGGUCAAUGCUAAUGACUAUAUACUACGAUCAAAUGCAAACACUAAAGGAAAGUGGCAGAUCUUGAGAGAAGAUGCUCAGGGAUGGAUUGAUAGACAUAUGGCGGCGGAGGGUCUUGCUUUUGAUCAGCAGAACGCUGUCACUGCUGACCCGCCUCCAGAUUUGAUUAUGCCGCUAUUAAGAUACCAAAAGGAAUUUUUGGCCUGGGCAUCAAAACAUGAACUAUCACAUGUAAGAGGAGGUAUUCUCGCUGAUGAGAUGGGAAUGGGCAAAACCAUACAAGCCAUCUCUCUCGUUCUUGGCAGACGACUAGCUGACAGAGCCCUAUUCCGGAAACCAGUUGGCUGCACCCUUGUGCUUUGUCCUCCUGUUGCUCUUUCUCAGUGGUUAGAUGAGAUUUCUCGGUUGACAUCCCCGGGAUCCACCAAGGUUCUUGUAUACCAUGGGGCCAAGAGAGCCAACAUUGUUAAAGAAUUCAUGAACUGCGACUUUGUUUUGACAACGUAUUCCACACUUGAGUUUGAAUCUAGGGCGAUAAGGAAGAAUGCAGGAGUCGACACAAGAGAGUCUCCUUUACACUCUAUUAAGUGGAAUCGUAUCAUUUUGGAUGAGGCUCAUGGUAUCAAAAACGCCCUUAGUCACACUGCAAAAACUGUUUUUGCUUUGGAGGCUACCUACAGAUGGGCUCUGAGUGGUACCCCUCUCCAGAAUCAUAUUGGAGAGCUUUACUCGCUGAUUCGCUUCCUUCGAGUUUACCCAUACUCAUAUAUUUUUUGCAAGAAAUGUGACUGUCAAGUUCUUGAUCUCAGUGCGCGUGAAAGCUGUCUCAGAUGUCGUCAUUAUGCAGUUCAACAUGUCUGUUGGUGGAGAAAGAUUGUGGCCGAACCAAUAAGAAUAUAUGGAAGCUUAGAACGGGGAAAGAGAGCCAAUAUAUUGCUUAAACACAAAGUUCUUAAUGAAAUCUUCCUAAGACGUACUAAAUUAGGCCGGGCAGCUGACCUUGCUCUUCCUCUUAGAAUCAUCUCUCUGAGGCGGGAUGCACUAGAUACAGCAGAAGCCGAUUACUAUGAAUCACUAUACAAAGACAGCCAGGCAAAGUUUAAUACGUAUGUUCAGGCUGGGACAUUGAUGAAUAACUAUGCAAAUAUAUUUGGUCUUCUUACACGUCUGAGACAAGCUGUUAAUCAUCCACACCUUGUGGUGCAUUCUAGUUCUAGUGGCGCUAACACCAACUUGCUUGAUGAGAACAAAAAUGAACAAGAAUGCGGUGUCUGCCAUGACCCAGCCAAGGACUACUUUGUGACUUCCUGUGCACAUGUGUUGUGUGAUUCUUGUUUGGUUGGUUCACCUACAUCCCUGGGAAAAGUCAUCUGCCCAACAUGCUCAAAACUAGUGAGUGUGGAUUGGAAACCCAAAGCUGACACAGAACAUCAGACAAGCAAGACAAAGCUUAAAGGAUUUAGAGCCUCUAGCAUUUUAAAUCGGAUAAACCUCAACUGUUUUCAGACAAGUACAAAGAUUGAGGCUUUGAGAGAAGAAAUCAGGUUCAUGGUUGAAAGAGAUGGGUCUGCCAAAGCAAUAGUUUUCAGCCAGUUCACAUCAUUCUUGGACCUGAUUAGUUACGCUCUGGGGAAGUCUGGGGUUAGCUAUGUUAAAGUGGUGGGAGGCAUGUCCAGGGCAGCUAGAGAUGCUGCAGUCAAUAAAUUUAAAGAAGACAAAAACUGCAGAAUUUUCUUAACUGGAUUGAAAACUGGAGGGGUUGCUCUAAAUCUAACAGCCGCUUCGCAUGUGUUCAUGAUGGACCCGUGGUGGAACCCAGCGGCUGAGAGGCAAGCACAGGACAGAAUACAUAGGAUCGGACAGUACAAGCCUAUCAGGGUAGUAAGAUUCAUAAUGGAGAAAACAGUAGAGGAAAGGAUACUGACGCUUCAAAAGAAGAAAGAAGAACUGUUUGAAAGUACGGUAGGUGACUCGGAUGAAGGCGCUGUACCAAAACUGAGUGAAGACGAUAUCAGGUCAUUGUUCGCAUAACCAAAUCGUGUAGAAGAACAUGACGUUUUCUUUUGUAUAGGCAAACAAAGAAGUUCACAAGAUUAGGUUGAAUGUUCGUGGUCAAAUUUUUAAGAACAAGACACUCGGCCUAACAUGUAUUUUUAGUGCUUCUUAAUGGAUAGACAUUUGUAUUCUUCCACGCAGUUUGUAACUGUUAGAGCUCUUGUUUGUAUAGAUUGAUACAAUUUGGAUCACAAAACUCCUCCUUGUCGAAAAUUAGCUGUUUGAAUUGAGCCAUAGGAC